AUGAAGACCACUCCUCCGGCGAAGAUCACUUACUCGACGAAGACCAUUCCAGUUAAGGAUUUCGCAAAAACGAAGACAACUCCUCUCAUAUCACUUAUGCGAGAAGAUUGUGCAGCUCAGUACCCUGACAAGCGGCCUUCAAUGUCUGAGGUCACAAGGCGGAUCGAGGAGCUCUGCCGUUCAAGUUUGCCAAAUGAUCCACAGCCUAAUGUCGUGAAAGAAAUUGAUUAA